UGCAAAAUGGACAAAGACGAGAAUCCUCCCUUGUUUCUGGAGCAAGAGGCGGGCCUUUGGAAAGCAGGAAUGCGCUGGAAGUUUUCCUGCAAGCUCCCCUUCACAUGUUGAAGAGCGUCCGUCCCCGCGUCUCGAUAUGGACAUGUGGCUGCUGGUGCUCCUGCUCGUCCAGCUCUGUUUCUGCUCCGGGUACGAAGGGUCAGGACAGUAUGCUUACGGAGACGAUGAAGACUGGUAUUCUCGUAGAUAUAAAGGGACACCAUGGUGCGCGCCCAUUAAGGUGAAACAUGGUGAUGUGAGCUGUCGCACACCCAGAGGAGAACACUACAGGAAUGUGAUGGGAACACGCUGUAAGAUCCGCUGUAAGCAGGGGUACGAGGCCCAGAGCUCCGAGGUGGUGUGUAUGGCCAGCAAACACUGGUCCUCUAACUACGCCUGCCGAGAGAUCCGCUGUCCCAAGCUGAACAUGCCCGCUAACGGCGGCUACAAGUGUUCGGACGGCUCCUACUUCAACUCUCGCUGUGAGUUCUUCUGCUCCCCUGGAUUCAGUCUGAAGGGCCAGAAGACCGCAACCUGCCAGCACAGCAAGGUGUGGAACGCUGGUGUUCCCACCUGUGUCGAUAUUGAUCCCCCCAAAAUAAAGUGUCCUAAUCUUAAGGAUAAGUGGGCGGAGCCGGGAAAACUAACAGCGAGGGUGACCUGGGACACACCAGAGGGUGUCGACACUGCAGAUGGCAUCCUUACAGAUGUUAUCCUGAAAGGGAGACCUUCAAAAUCAGACUUCCCAGAGGGGCUCCAUAAGAUGUCCUACACUGUGUUUGACCGUGCCGGGAACAAAGGAUCUUGCCGCUUCUCUGUCAGAGUGCGAGUGCGCCGCUGCAGCCCACUGUUUCCUCCAGACAACGGUUACAUGAAGUGUGACAGUGAUGGAGACAACUACGGUGCCAGUUGUGUUUUCACCUGCACCGGCGGCUACGAGUUGCAGGGCAGCGCUGCCAGAGUGUGUCAGUAUGGACUCACCUGGUCUGGCACAGACACUACCUGUGCACCCAUGAACAUUAACGUGGGAGUGCGGACGGCUGCUGCACUGCUUGACCAGUUCUAUGAGAAGCGACGGCUUCUCAUUAUCUCGGCCCCAACGGCUGCCAAUCAUAAUUACCGCUUCCAGAUGACUAACCUACAGCACGCUCAGUGUGGACUGGACCUGAGGCAUGUGACAGUAAUUGAGCUAGUUGGGACUUACCCAGCACAGAUUGGACGAAUUCGACACAGGCUGCUUCCCCCAGGCCUGGCCCUGCAGCUCAGGUUACUGCUCCAGAUCCCACAAAGGUCUUUCCAAAUGGUGCUGGUAGACAAGCAGGGCAUGGACAAGCAACGCUACCCGUUCCCGAUCACAGCGGCCGAAUUAUUCACCACCAUCGACACGUUCCCCCAGCGCAAGGACGAGAUGUUGCUACAGCAGGAGGCUGGUCAGACAUGUCAGUCAUAAAACACACAUGUGCCUUUCAGUGCACUUCUUUGGACUGUCAGCCAUCUUUGAUCCUUUUCCUCCUCAGUCACAGCAGACAGGGCCUGCUCUGAUCUUAAUGUUGUUAUCCACAUGUCACACACUCCUACCUGAACUCAUUGAGUCCUGUAUCCUGAAGGUGUGAAUGUGUGUGUGUGUGCAUGUGUGUCAAUUGUGUGCCAUGAAAAGUUUGGAUGUCAGUCAUGGUGCUGGAUCUGAAGCAAACAUUUAUUGAAAGAGGUCACUGAAUGGAAUGGGUCAUAACAGAACAUUACAAUCAUAUUGAUUCCUGAGUCUUGUCUUUCCGUAUGUCUUAUUAUUAUUAUUUUCAAGUCAGAAAUAUGUUUUACUAUUUUGUACAAAAAGUCCUUUUACUGUAUGAACUGGAAAACCUUUUGCCUGUCUAAUAUUUAUGUCUCACUUCUUUAGUAAUGACACUCUCUGGAAAACUGUGUGUGUGAGAGAGAGAGCGAGAUUAAGUACAGUGCAUCUGUACACUUUUGUCAGAUUUUACACUGAUUAAAUACGUUUGUCACGGA